AUGGAUGAGCCUUUAAAGAACUUCUCAGCCGUUGAAGAUUUCGCUGGCUUUAUUAACUUUACAGAUGAUACCUGGACACAAGAUGGACGAGAGACGAUUAAUUUCAUAAUUCGCUGCGUAAUACCGUCUGUAUAUAUACUUAUAAUAACGAUAGGAUUGUUGGGGAACAUUACACUUGUGAAGAUUUUCAUUACUACAAGCGCGAUGCGCAGUGUGCCUAACAUUUUUAUCUCCAGUUUAGCAGUUGGAGACCUUUUGCUCUUGGUUACUUGUGUUCCUGUGGAUGCAUUCCGCUAUUUCUUUGAUGAAUGGAUCUUCGGCACUAUAGCCUGCAAGCUUAUACCGGUCAUCCAGCUCACUUCAGUCGGAGUGUCCGUAUUCACUCUGACAGCUCUGAGCGCAGACAGGUACAAAGCCAUUGUGAACCCCAUGGACAUCCAGACAUCCAGCGCUGUGUUCUGGACCUGUGUGAAGGCGGUGUCCAUCUGGGUGGUAUCUGUGAUCCUGGCCGUGCCCGAGGCUAUCUUCUCCCAGGUGGUCUCCCUGCCACACAAGAACAUCACUCUCACUGCCUGUGUGCCCUACCCGCUGUCCAACGAGAUGCAUCCCAAGAUUCAUUCUGUCAUGAUCUACCUGGUCUACUUCCUCAUUCCUCUGGGAAUCAUCUCCAUCUACUACUACCACAUCGCCCGCACGCUGAUCAAGAGUGCUCAUGACAUGCCUGGGGAGAUCAGUGAACACUCCAAACGACAGAUGGAGACAAGAAAAAGGUUAGCAAAAAUUGUGCUGGUAUUUGUGGGCCUCUUCGCCCUCUGCUGGUUUCCCAAUCACGUGCUUUACAUGUACCGCUCCUUCAACUACCGACACAUCGACUCCUCCUUGUCGCACCUGGUCAUCACCCUUCUGGCCCGUGUGCUCAGUUUCUCCAGCUCCUGCGUCAACCCAUUUGCCCUGUACCUGCUCAGCGAGAGCUUCCGUCGCCACUUUAACAGCCAGCUCACCUGCCGUCGCAGACGAUACCAGGAACGCAACACCAGCUACCUCCAGAGCACCUCCGCCAUCCGCAUGACCUCCAUCAAGAAGAGCACAGUCGUCAAUGGUCAUGGCAACAGGCCGCAAGGCGUGACCCUGUAG